UAUUCUUGGCCUCUAACCACUUUCUUCAGUCAGUUAAUCCAAUCUUAAAGCGUUAAUUCUUAAACGUUUAUUAUUGAAAUCGCUGAAACCUUAUUUUGAAACCUCUGUUGCCAUUGAGGAAGGCUGUCAUCAGCUAAUUCAGAUUAUUCCAGCCCAUUAAGUGAUAUGGAGGAAUCAGCCACGGUCACUGGAGAGGGUGUGUUUGUGUAUGUGUGUUUCUGACUUACAGUAACUAUAAUGGGAACAGAAAUGUCCCCAAACUGUGGUUAAAUCACCAUCAUUUGAGUAAUGUGGACAUUUUGACCCAUUUGGGAAAAGCCAAUUUAAAUUUAAAGUGAUCAAAAGUUACAUUUGGGAUUAUUGUUGGAAUUAGGGUUUUGAUUUUGUUUAUGGCUGUUACCAGGUAUGGUUUAGGGCUGUACCUUAGGGCUAGGUUGGGAUAUAUUGGGCUGUUAAGGUUAUAUUUAUGUUGUGGUUAGGUUAAGGAUUUGUAAAAGUAGGAUUAUUAUAAGGGCAAUCAACUUUUCGUGUCCUCAUUUAGAUGGCUAAAAAUGUCUGUUCCAGCAUGCCUUUCUUCCUGCCAUCCCAAUUAGAAGGGAGGGUUAAGGUUGGAACAGAAGAGAAUUAAAAACUGUCAGAACUGUGUAUAGGUGCCUGCAGUGCAACUGUUGAACGAAUUGCAAAGAUGAGAAUCUUUAGAUGAGAAUGUUGCUAUGCUGAAGAUACCAUACUGUGUGUGUCUUAAUUACCCUGGUCUAUGAUGUACUCUCUUCUGCGGUGCCCAAUCUAUGAAUAAAACAGAGGAACGGCAUGCUGGACACAAACACCAGAGCUCCCUCUCAACUUGGUUGCCUGGAGACUUAGCUCCUGGCUUUGAAAGAACAGGAUAAUAAAAGAAAAGAAUAGCGUGGAUGGGUGUGGGGGGUGGUUUUGUUGCCACUGUUUGGGUUACUAGUGCCAGUUAACUCUGGGAGUGUACAGUACCGGAGGAGGUAGAAUUAGUGUCAGCUGCAGCCAUUGCUCAUUUCAAGCCUAACCUCUACUUGAACUUGACGGUGUGAAGAGAAAAUUAAAAAGCCCAAGUCUAUGAGACAAAGAACACUCUGGACUAGCAUUCAGAGGCUUGGAGGGGCUGCGUUCUCCAUUCACACUAAUGCUACAUUGAAAGCCUUCCUUCGAGUGCCUUGACAGUGUGGAAGCAGCUCUGAAGACCAAACUCUGGAACUCCAAGAACCCUUGGAAGAGGACUCCGUCUUGUACAAUAGAUUUGAGCGGAGGGCUGCACGAUGCACACACCUGCAUGAUUGACAGCUGGCUGUGACCCUGCCUGAGCGGAAACCAUGGAGACCAAGAUGCAGGCGGGACUACUGGAAAGCAGACUGAGCGUUGAAGACUAUGAGACUCUGCAGAGUCUGUUUCUGGGUGAUGGGGAAGAAGCCUUGUCCCUUUCAAGGACAGAGUUUAUAGAACAGGCCUGGUCGGCAGUGGGACGUGGCUCCAGGGAAGAGUACGGCCUUCUAUUCGAUAGUGUGGUCGUCACUCAGGACAAGCGCAACCUGCUAUUCGACAGUGCUGACGAGCAAGGGGAGAGAAAGGUGGACUGGGAGGGAGUGACAUCCUUCCUGCUCCUCGAGCUGUCAGAGAAGGAGGAGAACGAACGAGCUGCCACCGUACCUCGUUGGAAACCUCCACUAACUCUGACCCCACCGCACCGUGACCCAGUUCAUCAGGUGGUGUACCUGCGUGACUCGGGCCGCUACCUGUCCGUCAGCAAGGGGGGAACGCUUGCAGCAUGGGCCGAGGAGGAACUCGCCCUGCUCCAAAUCCACCGCCUCCGCAACGACUCGGUCAGACCCAAAGACCUCUGGGUAACGGCUGUGGUGGUGCUGCACGACGUGCACAAGGUUGCAGUGUCUUACACCAGUAAAGAAGUUUGUUUCUAUGACUUGCUUUCCAAGCAGCCGUUUAACUGUCAGUAUAAACUCCAGGGUCUGAAAUGCACCCCUCUCUGCCUGGACUACUGGUCUCAUCCCACGGACCCCAGUCAGGCUGUGCUGGCCAUCGGAGACACAGGGGGAAAGGUCAGUGCCAUAUGCUUUAGGUCACCUCAGAUCUCUCUGUUUGAGAGGCUCAGUCAGGUGGUGGAGACGGAAUCUGCCGACAUCGUCAAGUGGCGGGAGCUAGUCCAAGGCCGCCACAGUUGCUGCUACACGCUCACACACCAUGCUCACGGACCCGUCUGGGUUCGCCGAGUUCGUUUCCUGGGUUCCCUGGAUGCCUUUGUGUCUUGCAGCACAAGCCCCCAGAGCAGCAUGGUGAUUGGCUGGAGGGAAAGAGAGGGUGUGCCCCUGAGAGUCACCACUUUCCGAACAGAGAAAGGAACCAACGACCUGGACUACCACCCUGGGAUGAAUUUGAUAGCCACAGCAGGUAUUGACAACAAGGUGUUACUGUGGAACCCCUAUGUCAUCUCCAAGCCUGUGGGCAUACUCCGGGGACACAUAAGCAGCGUCAUCGCCGUACGAUUCAUAAUGGGCAAGAAACAACUAAUCAGCUUCUCCAAGGACAAGGUAUUGAGGUUAUGGGACGUGGCCAGUCAGCUCUGUAUCCAGCGUAUCGCCGGCGUAUUUCCCAAGACCCAAGAGGAGUGUCACACUGUGCUGUUUCUCCACGAGGAACACUCGCGCCUCUUCUUCUCCUUUAACAGUCUCCUCUUUGUCUUGGAGGUGAAGAAAGAAGAGGGGAGGAGAGUCACCAGCCAUGAAAACCCUGUCACCUGCGUCCUCUACAACAGCUUGUUCAGACAGGUGGUCAGCAGUGACACCGGGUCCUCAGUGAUCUGUUGGCUUGUGGACACAGGUCAGAAGGUCAAGCAUUUUCAUCGUUGCCAUGGUGACAGCGAGAUCUCCACCAUGGCGUUGGAUGGGACCCAGACACGCCUGUUCACCGCCGGAACAGAUGGAGUAGUCAAGAUCUGGGACUUUAAUGGGCACUGCCACCACAGGCUGAACGCGGGCAGAGACCAGGCGGUGGCCAUCUCCCAGGUUCUGGUACUGAAGAGAACCGUGUUGGUCAUGGGCUGGGAGAGGAUGUUAACAGUGUUCAGACUCCACUCGUUCUCCCAGUUCUUCGUUCAGCCCUCUGAGUGGAAGGGAGGCGUUCACCACCAUGACGACAUCCUGUGUGCUGCAUUCCUGCCCCCUCAGACCCUUGUCACAGGUAGUUAUGACGGGGAGCUCACUGUUUGGAACAACGCCACAGAGAAUGCUUUGAGAAAGCUCCAUCCAGACCCUGAGAGAGAACGCAGGAAAGCUCAGACAGUGAGUAAUGGGAGCGGUGAGGAGCCGGAGAGCACCGAGGCCAUCACCAGACUCUUUUUCCUGCCGGGUCGCAUGGGGGCGGCCACUGCUGGUGGUGCAGACCUGGUAUCGUGUGGCAUUUCUGGUUUGGUUCGGUUCUGGAACACCAUUCGGAGCAGUUUGGUUGCUGAGUUCACUGCUCACAAAGACUCAGGGUCCAUUGUAAUGACUGUGAGUGCCUGUGGUCAGUUCCUGGUCACUGCUGACAUGCAGGGAAGACUGAAGACCUGGAAUAUACAAGAAUUCUGCCUCCAGCCCAACAACCAAGUGACCAAUGAUGCUCCAGACCUGUUGGGUAGUCUCCACCCACACCUGGACUGUGUGACUCACCUGGAGCUGUGUCUCCAUGGCGACAGGCUCCUCCUCCUUUCCUCAUCUUCAGAUUGCAGCGUAGCCCUCAGCUAUAUGCCAGGGGUGACAGUGGGUGUGUUCGGACAGGAGGAGCACUGGCGUUUGAUUGGUCCUGGGUCUCCUGAAGCGGGAGAAGGAGAGCCCAGGGAGGGGAUGGUGAAUCCUCAGAGGCCCAGUCACACAGAUCCUGACCUGGAACACCCGUCUCCCCAGGUAAUGGAGAAGAGGGGGGAAGAGGUGGGAAAGGAAGAGGCCAGAGAGGACAAAAGCUUAGAGAGAGAUGAGCUGGAGUCAAGUCAUCCAAGUGACAGUCUUCCUCUGAGUGAUGAUUUAGGCCGGCGCUACACAGGCGAGCAGGGCUUGAGGGUGAAUUACAGCAGACCUCACCUCAGGGAGACGCCACUAAAUACUGACGUUGGAACAUUUAAUUGGUUGCGUAUGGAAGAACUACAGUGUGUGGGAAAGUUGUCCAAACCAGAGUUCAUCACACACCCUCACCUCUACUUCUACCAAAAGGAUGAGAUCAGUGCUACACAUACUCCCCUAACUGCCAGCACUGAAGUGGUGAAGGCUGCCUUUGACGAGCGGAGUCUGUUCCCCGAAGAGCUCCUGGUUGGGGAAGACGGGCAGCCUCAUGGAGCCAAGAAACUGGGGAAGCGGGAAAACCAGAGUAAUGGCAGAGGGCGGGGAAGGAAGGUGAGGUGAGGCACUCACAGGUGUGUCAGGAAACAGACAAGGUCUGUUUUAAAUUACUGGUGAAUGUCUUUCUCUCCAGAGAAAAAAAAGGCAAUCAAGUGAAGACAACAUUUAUACUUGUCUGAUUUAUUUCUUUAAUUUCCUUUUUAUAUGACUGUUAAAUCAUAUCUUAUCAGUCCUGGCAUUUUUAGGAUUGUGUAGGCCUGAUAAUCCCCUGCUGUUAAAUGAUGCUUUCACAGUGUGUGAUUUCAUCUAUCAGAUCAAAUGUUAAUAAAACAACGACAGUUUAAUCUCAGGUGAAUGUUUCCCUUGUACGACUGUAUUAUGUUUUUAAAUUACAUUCAUUUUCUCUGUACGUAGUAAGAA